GAAAGAUGUUAUCAAAUUUGGUUUUAGCUCGAGAGAAUAUGUUCUUCUUCAUGAAGACUCCAAAGAGGAUACACAGGAGGUGGAAAAGGAAUCUUCCUAAAAUUGGUUUCGUCUAUACUUUUGAAUCACAUCCAUAGUCGCUCGUUAUUUUUAGUCUCUUCAUCAUAGACUAAUCUUAACCCGGACCUCCUUAACCAUUCUUUUUCUUUACUUUCACUUUUUUCUCUCUCUUUUUCUCUUUCCCUUGUCCUCCAUCUUCCUUUCAUCAUGAUGUUGUUUCUCUUUCCAUUCGCUACUUUUUUUUCUUGUCUUUAUCUUCCUAAAAUUGGUUUAAUCUAAGCAAUGAAUCCCCAUUCGUAGUAACACGUUAUUUUUUCCUAAGUUUAACCAACUUUUUUGACUAUAUUUGGCCCUCCUUGUAGUUUCUGCUCUUUCUUUCGUUUUUCCUUCCCUUUCCCCAACUCAAAAAGAAGAUGAGUAAAUUUUCUGUGAUCAACCCCCUUAACUGUUCACCAUCACUAUUUCGCGCAUAUAUUCGUAUAACUGCUACAUGAUCAAUUGUCGACGCAAGCUCAUGUCUUAAAUUCAUCUAGGACCAGACCCAUCGUUAGUAUUUAAACUCACCCCGAGUCUUGAGAGUUAAUCAGUUUGCUUCCCAACCUCGUCUUGGUACUUUGGAAUACCUCUAACCCUAGCCGGUCGAAUACACUUUUAUUUCAACUUAACUCAGCCCACUUAACCAAACAAAUCUAUCAAAAUGUGUGACGACGAAGUAGCAGCCCUUGUUGUUGACAAUGGAUCAGGUAUGUGCAAAGCCGGUUUCGCUGGUGAUGACGCUCCUCGAGCCGUUUUCCCCUCAAUUGUCGGUCGACCCCGUCAUCAGGGUGUCAUGGUCGGUAUGGGUCAAAAAGAUUCAUAUGUCGGUGAUGAAGCCCAAUCAAAGAGAGGUAUCCUCACUCUUAAGUACCCAAUUGAACACGGUAUCAUCACCAACUGGGAUGAUAUGGAAAAGAUCUGGCAUCACUCUUUCUACAACGAAUUGAGAGUUGCCCCUGAAGAACACCCAGUUCUCCUUACUGAAGCUCCAUUGAAUCCAAAAGCUAACCGUGAAAAGAUGACCCAAAUCAUGUUCGAAACCUUCAACACCCCAGCCAUGUAUGUUGCCAUCCAAGCUGUUCUUUCCCUUUACGCUUCCGGUCGUACCACUGGUAUUGUCCUCGACUCUGGUGAUGGUGUUUCUCACACUGUACCCAUCUAUGAAGGUUACGCCUUACCUCAUGCCAUCCUUCGUUUGGAUUUGGCUGGUCGUGAUUUAACCGACUACUUGAUGAAAAUCCUUACUGAACGAGGUUACUCAUUUGUCACCACUGCUGAGCGAGAAAUUGUCCGAGAUAUCAAGGAAAAACUUUGCUAUGUUGCCCUUGACUUUGAGCAAGAAAUGAUCACCGCUGCAUCUUCUUCCUCUCUCGAAAAAUCCUACGAACUUCCUGACGGUCAAGUAAUUACCAUUGGUAACGAAAGAUUCCGAUGUCCCGAAGCUCUUUUCCAACCAUCCUUCUUGGGUAUGGAAUCCUGUGGUAUCCAUGAGACAACCUACAAUUCAAUCAUGAAAUGUGACAUUGAUAUCAGGAAAGACUUGUACGCCAACAUCGUUCUUUCUGGUGGUACCACCAUGUACCCUGGUAUUGCUGACAGAAUGCAAAAGGAGAUCACCGCUUUGGCCCCAUCCACCCUCAAGAUCAAGAUCAUCGCUCCACCUGAAAGAAAAUACUCAGUCUGGAUUGGAGGUUCCAUCUUGGCUUCCCUUUCUACUUUCCAACAAAUGUGGAUCUCAAAGCAAGAGUACGACGAAUCAGGACCCGCAAUUGUCCACAGAAAGUGUUUCUAAAUUAUUUGGAAGCAAAAUCAAUCACAAAACAAAGAAACAUCAGAAACAACGACAAACAACCAAAUGGUCAAAACUUUUAUGUCAACUGCAGCAUCAACAGCAUUACAUCAACACCAGAUCAAUGGAUACUAUAUAUAUAUUUCUCUCUUCUCGAUCUACCUGUCCAUUUCUUUCUUUCUUCUCUUUUCUUCUCUAUCUCUCUUUCUCUCUCAUACACUCAAAAUACAUUUCAAUAUGUAUGAGUUUCUCUCUCUAUCUCUCUCUCUCUCUCCUAUCCUUUUAAGAAAAUCUGAAAAAAGGCAGAGAAAAUUGGAAUUGCAAGCUGUGCUAUUACUAUUAUUAUAUUAUUACUUUUACUUUUGUGUCCAAGAUCAAAACACACAAAAACUCACCAUCGACAACAACUAAGAUCUUGAAUGUUCUUUAAUUAUAUUAUUAUAAAUUAAAAACGAUAAGCGGAAACGGAAAUGUAAACAACAAGAAAAUUAAUUAA